GGGCAGAGCGAACAUCUUUCUUCUCUCCUGUUGAUGCCACUUUUCCGUCCUAUUCCCGCAGCACUUUACCGACCGACCGAAAAUGGCGCAGGAGUUUGUGCAGGCGAAGAUCAAAGGAGACAAAGUGGUGCUGUUCAUUAAGCCCACGUGCUCGUACUGCAUUAUGGCCAAAGAAGUUUUGGCCAAAUAUAAGUUCAAACCCGGACAUCUGGAGUGUAUUGAUAUAAGUGGACGCAGCGACAUGGACAGCAUGCAGGACUACUUCAUGGAACUUACCGGAGCCCGCACGGUCCCACGGGUGUUCAUCGGUGAGGAGUGCAUUGGAGGCGGCAGUGAUGUGGCGGCACUGGAUAAGAGUGGUAACCUGAAGGACAUGCUGCGGUCCAUUGGAGCCCUGCAGUAACCUGGUCCACACCUCCAGGCUUGUGGCUUCCAGGUGGGGUCACAUGACUAUGCAGCGGGACUUGCGUAGUUUGCGUCGCCGCUGCUGGUACUCGCUAAGCUCCUGCAGGUAUCCUCUGGAUGGCCAUCGUAGCCGCUCCACCUGCUCACGCUCAUCCUCUGGAACACACAUAAACACAAAGACACAACCAUAACCUACUGCAAACACAGCUAUGGGAUGUUUUCCUGAUAAAACCAUUACAGCAAGAUUUACUAUACUUGGCGCAUACUCACAGAUAACACAUACAGUAAUAACUUCUUGGAUUGUUGCCAUGAAUGGAUGAAAUAUGUGGUAAGAUUUUGUUUACACCGACAAGCAACAGAAGACCAACGGUGAUCGAUCAUGUGCUGUCCCCUUAUACUGGCCUUUGACUUUGCUUGUGCCCUUCAGUACCCGUCCAUUGACCUUAAAUAAGUCUUAUGUGUAUGACUAAUAAUGACAAUAAAAAUUGCUACUGCUACUAACCAGA